AUGUCCCCUUCCGACAGAACCCCUCUCCUCCCCAAUGGCGGUGGCGAGAACGGCCACAAUGGCGAUGCCUCCGCGAGAUCAGUAUCUCAGCGCUUGUCUACGCUCAUCAAAGCCGAAGGCGAACCUAGCUGGACUCAUUCAUUUAUAUGGUUCCUGUUUGGCAGCUGGUUCAAUGUACUCCUUGUAUUUGUGCCCCUUAGCAUAAUAUCCCACCAUCUCGGCUGGGACGCUGGUCUCCGGUUUCUAUUCAGCUUCAUCGCUAUUAUUCCCCUGGCCAAGUUAUUAGGCGAUGCGACUGAACAGGUGUCUGCGAAGCUGGGUCAGACACUGGCCGGUCUCCUGAACGCAUCUUUCGGCAAUGCUGUUGAGAUUAUCGUCGGCGUCGCCGCCCUACUCCAGAAUGAACUCCGAAUCGUCCAGACAUCCAUGCUUGGUUCCAUCCUCUCCAAUAUCUUGCUUGUUCUGGGCUGCUCCUUUUUGGCUGCGGGACUCAAUUUCUCUGAGAGCUCUUUCCAGGCUACCGCCGCUCAAACUUCGGCUUCGUUGAUGACCUUGGCUUGCAUUACUUUGGUCAUUCCUGCUGCUUUCCAUAGUACUAGAGAAAACGGUGCCGAUAAUGACAUGCACGAGCUCCUGGUUAUCUCUCGUGGUACAUCUAUCAUCCUCCUCGGCAUAUACAUCGCGUAUCUGUAUUUCCAGCUCAAAUCACAUUCCGACCUAUUUACCGCGGUGCCUCAAUGCGACUCCAAUGGUGACGUUAUUGAAGAGGAGGUGGAGGAGCCACACAUGAGCACGAUCGCAGCUGGUAUAGCAUUGUUGGGCGUUACUGUUGUUACAGCCUUCUGCGCUGACUACUUGGUUGCAUCAAUUGAGGAGACUGCAGAAAGGUAUCACAUCCCAAAGAUCUUCAUUGGUGUCAUUUUGUUGCCCCUUGUUGGCAACGCAGCAGAGCAUGUCACCGCCGUUUGGAUGGCCAAUAAAGGCAAAAUGGAAAUCACCAUUACCAUCGCCGUUGGUAGCUCAAUCCAAAUCGCCGUCUUCGUUGUCCCCCUUUUGGUUAUUGUCGGAUGGAUCACUGGACACGACCUCAGCCUAUUCUUCGCCAAUUUCGAGACGAUUACGCUUUUCGCUUCGGUUCUUCUCGUCAACCUGUUACUGCAGGAUGGAAAAUCGAAUUACAUGGAGGGUCUCAUGCUCGUCGGACUGUACAUCGUCAUCGCCCUUGCUUUCUGGGUAUCAUAA